AUGGACUCGGCGCGUCCCCCGCGCGAGGACGAUACCCUCUUCUACGAAACAAGACCCAACUACCGCGAUCGCGACCAUCCGUCGCACUGCCGGUGCCGCUAUUGCCGCUUCUACAACCCGGAUCCACUCAGAGACGACAGCCCCGAACCGUAUCGCAACCCUGCCGAGGUGCUAGCGCUGGGGCGACUGCGGAUCGGCCAGCACCAUCCAGGCAACCCUCAGGGCGGCGGUGGUGGCGGUGGCGGGAAGAAGAAGAAGAAGCACACCGUGACGAUCGAGGUCAACGGCCCGAAGCAGAGCAAAUCAAAGUCACCGGACACGUCUCCGUCCGCAGCGCCGGCGGCGGCGGCACCAACCACAACGACGACGACGACGUCGCCAACGCAGGUGCCGGCCCCGCAGCCCCGCUACGCCGAGAUGCUGUACCCAGAGAUAUACAUCUACCCGCUCUCGGCGCCGCACAUCACGUUCCCGGUCGUCAACUACAGCGUCCUGACCUCCCACCGGCCCCACCAACCCCCUCCCCGCCCAGCAAGGCGGCCCACAUGCUACCUCGCGAUCUGCCCCCCCUGCACCCGCCCAGCGGACAUCGCCGCGGCGCUGACGCCGCCCGGGUCCGGGUGCGUGGUCGUGGCGCGGCUGUCGAAGACGAAGACGACGGCGCCGCUGUCGGCGUUUGGGGGGGUGGAGGAGCUGAGGAGGGAGGCGAUUCAGCUGGAGGUUUGGGGGAAGGGGGAGGGGGGCUUGGAGGAGGAGAAAGGGGAGGAUGAGGGUGAGGGGGAUGGGGGUGGAGAGGAGGAAGAAGAGGAGGAGGGGAAGGAGGACUAG